CACUUGUUUGCGCGGUCCAUUCGGAUCUGUCCAAUUGGUCUAGUCAUGCCUUCCCCAGCCUGGGCUUCCCUUAAAGAUGCUGGUACUUAUUGUUUAAAAUUAACCCCAAAAGACUUAAUUCCAGAAAUGCUUGCUGCUGAGCCAAAGUUAGAAGAUAACGAAAAAUGUACAAUAAUCGUUGACGGUGUCCCAAAUGCACCUCCCGAAAAAUUUCACCUCCUUAAAGAACUGUUUAUGAAAAAAUUUUCCGUUUUCGGGAAUAUCGUCGAGAGCUAUUUUCCAUUAGACACAAAUGACUACACCGCUGGUUACGCUUUUCUUACAUUUGAGAAGCCGCAUUCGGCGAUUAAGGCACUAAGGUCGAUGCAAAAUUUUCCACUUGACAAAAGUCAUACUCUUCAAGUUUCUUUGCUUACUGAGUUAGACUCUAUUUUGGCAGCCAAAGAUGUCUUUGUUCCACCACCUAAACAAGAAUACCGUGAUCACGGGGAUCUAAGAAGCUGGUUGCUCAAUGAAUAUUGUCGAGAUCAAUUUGCAGUAGCUCAUGGAGAUGGAGAAAUUGGGGCAGUUUAUUGGCACACCUCUUCUGAACCCAUAUUAAUUGAGACAAGGAAUCGAUGGUCCGAGGGUUGGAUGAAGUGGUCGCCUAGAGGGACCUAUUUGGCUACUCUACAUCAGCCCGGAAUUGCACUUUGGGGUGGCGAAAAAUUUUCUAAAAUAGGCCGUUUUCCUCACAUUUCUGUCAAAAUGAUUGAUUUCUCCCCAGAAGAACGGUAA